AUGAUUAUCUGCAUGCGUUUUGUUUUUCUCUGCUUCCAGAAAUUCGACAUCUCUGAAAUCGCUAUUCUUCAAGCCAUACACACGAUCGAAUAUUGUCUCGGUACUGUUUCGCACACCGCUUCGUAUCUUCGACUUUGGGCAUUGUCGUUAGCUCAUGCACAACUGUCCGAAGUACUUUGGUCAAUGGUCAUGACAAUAGCUUUUCGAAUGGAUAGUUACAUUGGCGUCGUCGUAGCCUACUUUAUAUUUUGGGCUUUUGGCUGCCUGACCAUCAGUAUUCUCGUUCUCAUGGAAGGCUUAUCUGCUUUCCUUCACGCGCUCCGAUUGCAUUGGGUCGAGUUCCAAAGUAAGUUCUACGAAGGCGGUGGCUACCCUUUUAUGCCGUUCUCCUUUGACCAGCUGCUUGAACAAGCAAGAUUAGAAGAUGGUGACUAA